GGUUAGUAGACGACAGCGUAGAUAGACAGUUGUAAAACUAAUGCCAUUCCAUUGACUAACACAUCAAAUUGAAAUAAACGACAAGUAGUAGUGUGUACCGUAAUCCGCAGUCAGAGUCGUUGCUUAAUCGACUAAUGAAGAUAUAUUUAAUUUUUUUUCGAUAAACAUGGCGUAUCGCGGUGUGAAAGGUUCCGAUCCGUUUGUGUCGAAAACAUCGCGUAACGAGAGAUUCGCACAAAUGUCUAAGCAGGAACAAAUAAUACAACAGAAAAAGCUCGAGAUAGAAGCAAAAAUGCAAGAAUUGAAGGCCAAACAAGCCUCGGAAAGUAGCAAGAAAACAUCGGUUAGUUCAACCCCAUCUACAGCUGGGUCGUCAUCAUCGACAACGACAACGGCGACGACGUCGACGUCGCCUAAUUCCGCACCGACGAUUGUCAAAACUGCUAUCCCUACGAUUAAAAAAGAGGAGGAGAAGCCAAGUUUGUCGCAGACGGUUAAUUUGUUUGCCAACGACGGCAGCUUUCUGGAUCAAUUUAAAAAAAUAGCCAAUAACAAAGCAAGUGGUAGCAGCAAUGUUAGCGUCCCAAACUGUAACAACGAAGGAAGCAAUAAACAAGAUUCUCCAAUCUCCAAAGUCGACGAGUCUAAAGAAGAGAGAAAUAAUCACGAAAGUAAUCAGAGGGAAAGAAGGUGGAACAACGAGAAGGGUAAAGAUUGGGAAAACAGAAGGGAUCGUAGGAGAAGCGAAUCGCGAUGGGGUCGUAGUUCAGAUAGGCGUCACAGUUCGUCUUCGAGUCCUUCGCCCACGAGACGCAGAUCUUCGCCGAGCCCCGAAUCGAGACACAAUUAUCACCAAUCUCUGCCAAAUGGUCCAAGACCACAAUUCAAUCAGCAGCAGCCACAGCACUCACAACCCUCGGCAGCCUCACAGAACAUGAAUCAAACAGCAAAUAUACCGCCAUUGAUGUCUCAGCCGUUGUUGCAAAUGACAAAUGUACCACCGCCAAGCAUACGAAACAUAGGACCUGGAAUACCUCCGCCGAAUGUGCACAGAAUGCCUUUGCUAAAACCACCAGUAAACAAUUACACGAACAUAGAAAAUCAUCGCUCGAGUCCACGCAUGCCAAUACCACCGCCGCAUAUGAUAAGGCCUCCUCAUAUACAAAGUAUGCCCCCGAACACAACGAUCCCACCGCCUGGUAUGCAAAUACAACAGAAUGUACCAAUGCCAAAUAUUCAAGGACAUCCACGAGGAUCGUCAGGACCACCGGGACAACAAGCCCAACAUAUUGUUCCGCCAACUCCUCCGCCUCAGUGCAAUAUGCCACCACUAGCCAACUUGCAACCACCAAAUAUUUCUAUGCCGAAUGUUAGACCGGCAAAUAUAUUACCUCCGAUGUCUCAGAUGCCUCCAAACAUGCUACCCAUCCCAGGACCCCAAACAGUUGUUGCCACAGUCACAAAUGUCCCAAAUAUUCCACCGCCACCCCCUGUUAUACCACCAAUCAUCAUGACAGCGCCACCGCCAACAGUUCACACUGCUGCUUCUACCAUUAAUUCGGUACCACCACCCAAUCUCAACAUCCCACCACCGAACGUGCCACCGCCCAAUGUUCCACCAUCGGUUCUCAUACAGAAUCCACCACCGCCAACACGACUCAUCGCUACUACUUAUCCAAUACAAAAUCAAAUGACCAUCUCAGUUGGAAGGCCCAACGUACAAGUUCCACCACCGAUUCGACCUCCCUCAACCAGCCUACCCUCUUCCGACCAACCAGUUUGUCCUGUAGAAGCAGAGCAACUGGCCCGGAUCGUUGCAGAUUGUGGAGAUGCCAUUGAGCAAGAAGUGCGGGAGAAGAAUGCCCAAGAUCCUAAACUAUGGUUUCUGCACCAAAAGCAAAGUGCAGCGUAUCUGCAGUACAGGGGAUUGGUGGCGAAAUUUCGGGCUGAUAAAGCGGGCAAAGAGAACAAGAUUGGUAGCGGAGCCGAGCCUUACUGUCCAGAAGAAGCUCUCAGCGAUAAUGACGAUAUUGAUAAGAGCCAGAGACAAUCAUCUCAAAGCGAUCAUUACAAAGAGGACAGUAGAGAAGAACGAAAAAGAAAACGGCGAAGCCGUUGGAGCGAGCCUGAUGAUAAAGUUAAUGUUCCUGCAAUGAACAUUCGAACUGCGAACAGGCCUGAUUGCGGUCCUAUCUAUCAUCAACCUGGUAUAGCUAUGUCGGCUCAAAUUGGCCAAUCGGCUAGCACUGGCAUUCCGUCGCUAAAAAACCAAAGUGCCAGAGGAAAGAAUCCGAUGUUGAGUAAAAUAUCAAGAAACGAUCCUGCAUUGAUACAAUAUGCUCGUCAGACCUUUGGUACACUCGAUCUUAGCGAGGAACAAUGGAAAAAGGCAGAAGAUCAUUACAAAAUCAAUCUUUUGUAUCAAAACUUGCUAAAAAAACGGGAAGAAGUGAAACGUUUGGAGGCCCAAGGGAAACACAAAUACGAGUACGAUAGCGAUGAGGAAGUUGAAGGGGGGACUUGGGAACACAAAAUAAGAUCCGCUGAGAUGGAAGCGACGCAAAUGUGGGCUGAAGAAUUGACUGCUCAGGCGGAAGGCAAACACCAUAUUGGUGAUUUCCUGCCUCCUGAUGAGCUCAAGCGGUUCAUGGAACAGUAUAGUGCCCUUAAACAAGGCAAAGAACCCGAUCUCAGCGAUUACAAAGAGUUCAAACUAAAAGAGGACAACAUAGGCUUUCAAAUGUUACAAAAACUGGGCUGGAGCGAAGGUCAAGGGCUUGGAACUGAGGGAAGCGGUCGUGUUGAACCUGUCAAUAAAGCGACGAACAGGCUCGACAGUUCAGGCCUCGGUUCGGAACGACCGGACGGCAUAUCGCGAGACGAUGACGAGUUUGACGCGUAUAGAAAACGAAUGAUGCUUGCCUAUAGAUUUAGGCCGAAUCCCCUGAACAAUCCAAGGAGACCGUAUUACUAAUUUAACAUGGAUCAUGAUCACCAUGCUCGUGAUUGUACGGAUUAACAGAAUCAACUGAAAAUCUUCGUUUUCACAUUCAGCAAAAAAACAAAACAGCAUAAAUAAAGAAUGGUCGUUAUUUUAUAUA